GCGGCCGGAUGUGGAUCCCUGUGUUGUCCCACAGUGGCUGGAAUCUCAAGUCUCUGGAAGUAUUCUGCCUGUCUUGGCUUUCCAACCCCACCGAUCCUCCAGAGCGCACCAUGUAUGGACCCAGGAGGCUGGGCUGCAACUUUGGGAUGCCUUGGGAGCCCAGUCCACCAGGAGGAAAAUGCGUCCUGUGUUGGGGUCCUGACACCUGCAGAUGGGGCUUUGCCAUGAUUUCUUCUGGAUGUUUCUGUAAGGAGAUUGUUUCUGUAGAGAAAUGCCACUUCAGCAUCAUAUACACAGUCAUAAAAUUCAUAUCAAGAAAUGGGACCAGCCAGUCUUCCCUGGAACCUGAGGCAAAGAGGAAAAAGUCACACCCUAGGAAUGCAGUGGUGUCCUUUGAAAGAAGAGGAUGCCAUUCCCCGUGUGAGGGCAAUGGAAGCUCAUGGGGGACGACCACCGGAUCCAGAGGGAGAGCGACCAGGAGAGGAUACCAGCGUGAGACAGCGGAGCGGUCGGCCUCCUGAUGUUGGCGGUGCUGAAUGUGUAGAUAACACAGAUGGCAAAUUGCUAAGACAACUGCAAGCUCAAGAAAAAGCCCAACAAGCAGCACAAAUAAAGCUUUUGAGAAAACUCCAAAAGCAGGAACAGGCUCACAUUGCCAAAGAAGCUAAAAAACAACAAGCAAUAAUGGCUGCUGAGGAGAAGCGACAGCAAAAAGAGCAGAUAAAGAUUAUGAAACAACAGGAAAAAGAACGGUCGAAGCAAGAAAAACGUGAUGAGAAACGAUUAAAGAAAGAGCUUAAACUAGAGCAACGAAGAUUAGAAUUAGAAAUUGCAAAAGAACUAAAGAAACCUAAUGAAGACAUGUGCUUAGCAGACCAAAAGUUAAUUAGUUUUUUAUUUUAUUUUAUUUUUCAGCCUUUGCCAGAGUUGCCUCGUAUUCCAGGACUUGUCCUCUCUGGAAGUACAUUUUCAAACUGUCUCAUUGUGGUGCAGUUCUUACGAGUCUUCGGUAAAGCUUUAGGCUUUAAUGGGAAUACUGAUGUUCCAGACCUGAGUAUUCUUCAAGAGGGAUUGCUGAAUCUAGGGGACAGCAUGGCUGAGGUACAAGACCUGCUUGUGAGGCUCCUGUCAGCUGCUGUGUGUGAUCCAGGUCUAAUUACAGGAUACAAGGCCGAAACAGCUCUUGGAGAACAUUUGCUGAAUGUUGGUAUGAAUCGAGACAAUGUUUCCGAGAUCUUGCAGAUCUUUAUGGAGGCCCGUUGUGGACAGACUGAGCUCACCGAAAGCCUGAGGACCAAGGCUUUCCAGGCCCACACUCCGGCCCAGAAAGCCUCGGCGCUGGCCUUCCUGAUCAGUGAGCUGGCGUGCAGCAGGAGGGUGGUGAGUGAAAUUGACAAGAACACUGAUUAUAUGUCAAACUUGAGGAGAGAUAAAUGGAUGGUAGAAGGUAAACUCAGCAAGCUCCGAAUCAUUUAUGCUAAGAAAGCAGGCAAGAGAGACACUUCAGGUGGCAUCGAUCUUGGAGAAGAGCAGCACGCGUCGGCCACCCCCACAGCAGGAUACAAGCGAAGAAGGAAGGGCGGCGACAGUGACGCUGAUGGCAACGAGGAGGAGGAGGAGGAGGAGGAAGACAAGGAAGACAGAAAAGGAAAGAAAACUGAUGUCUGUGAAGAUGAGGAUGAAGGUGACCAAGCAGCAAGUGUUGAAGAGCUAGAAAGACAGAUUGAAAAGCUGAGUAAACAACAGAGUCAGUACAGAAGGGAGCUCUUCGAUGCGUCUCACUCUUUACGUUCAGUGAUGUUUGGCCAGGAUCGUUACAGACGUCGGUAUUGGAUUUUUCCCCAGUGUGGGGGGAUUUUUGUAGAAGGCAUGGAGAGCGCUGCAGGGCUGAAAGAAAUUGCAAAAGAAAGAAAAAAACGAAAAAAAGCAGAAAGCAUCCAGACCAAAGAAAUAUUUGAUACUUCUGACGACACUUUAAAUUGUUCAAAUCCGGAUCAUUGUGAGCAAAAGGAAGAUCCUAACGAAAAAGAUAACACAAAUCUAAUUCUUCAGAAUCCUGGCUCUUUUUCCAAACUAAGCAAGCUUUUAGAAGUAGCUAAGGUGCCUCCUGAGUCAGAUGUAACGACCCCCAAACCAAAGAGCGGUGCAGAUGGGUGCGCACUGCCUCACCAGAACCGUGGGAGACACUCACCGGGCAGCAUGCAGCCAACGGUGACACAGAACAGCGUGGAAGGGACAGACUCGAAUCUGGUCAGUACCGGUUCAGGUGGUGCAGGCAAGGUCUACAGUCCUCUCCCCAGGGACCAGUUGUUACUGCCAAGAACACCUUGGGAGGACGCUUCCCUUACCCAAGCCGAUGCGCCAGCUGCUUCUUCACCAACUCCUCGGGCCCAGCCGCCCUCUAAGUCACCUGCAGCUCUUGAAGUAGCCAAACCAGUAGAUUAUCCUAGUCCAAAGCCUAUUCCAGAAGAAAUGCAGUUUGGCUGGUGGAGAAUUACUGACCCAGAGCAUUUAAAAGCUUUGCUCAAAGUGCUACAUCCCAGAGGCAUAAGAGAAAAGGCAUUACAAAAACAAAUUCAGAAACACCUGGAUUACAUCACUCAAGCCUGCAUCGAGAAUAAAGAUGUUACCAUUAUUGAAUUAAAUGAAAAUGAAGAAAACCCGGUAACUCGAGAUAUUGUGGAGAAGUGGUCAGUAGAAGAACAAGCAAUGGAAGUGGAUUUGAGGAUUCUUCAACAGGUAGAAGAUCUGGAAAGGAGAGUCGCAUCAGCAAGUUUGCAAGUAAAGGAAAAUCUGCAAGAAUCUAGUCCUGAUUCUGUAGAAAGCCGAAUUACUCUACUAGCUCCUGGUUGGAUGUGUCCAGAACCGGCAUCAGAAAGGGAGGACUUGGUCUAUUUUGAACAUAAGUCAUUUUCUAACUUGUGCAAGGAGCACGAUGGAGAAUUUACUGACGCAGAAGAAAGCAGUGCACAUGCACUAGAGCGGAAGAGCGACAACCCCCUAGAUAUAGCUGUAAGCAGGCUGUCUGAGUUGGAGCGAAACAUUGAAAGGAGGUAUCUGAAGAGCCCCUUAAGUACCACCAUUCAGAUCAAACUGGAUAAUGUGGGCACAGUUACUGGCCCUGCUCCUGCACCAUCCACUAGUGGUGAUGAUGACGGAAUUGAAGAGGAUAUUGUUCCCGGUCUCAGGGUGUGGCGAUGGGCAUUAUCAGAAGCUCGCAGUGCUGCCCAGGUGGCUCUGUGCAUUCAGCAGUUACAGAAAUCCAUAGCAUGGGAAAAAUCCAUUAUGAAAGCUGCAAGUUCACUGAAAAGGGGCCGCAAAAACAGAAAAAGGAAAAUAGAGGAAAACACCUGCGGUACUGGAGUAAAACAAGAACGCUGUACUCGUGGAAAGAAACUGAAACAGGACAACUCUGACCCGACUCUUGGCAGCCUUACUAAAAUGCAAACUCGUCUCAAUAAAGACAUGAAAAAAAGAAAAAUAGAAGAAAACACCUUCACUAACUUACCAAACCAGGAAAGCUUUCAUUCUGUAAAGAAAAGGAAGCAAGACCACUCUGACCUGACUCUUUCCAGUCAUGAAGAUGCACGGCCUUUUGUAGAACUGCCGGAGUGCAGCACACGGAGUCGUCUGCGUUUCCGCCUCAGGGAUGGAAGACACGUUUUUAUUAAAAGUGCGUAAGCAGCUUUAUAAUAACAUGUCUGGUAUCUGCGGGUCUCAUCAACAAGAAAU